CAGGAAAUCACUAUGUGAUUCCUAGGAAACUGAAAAUUGCCCACUUGUCGUAUAAGAUAAAAAUAAAACCAACAAACUCAUUUUUGUUUUAACGCCAUGACUUCGUCAAUGUUAGGCAGCAAAAAUUUUAAAAUCUUUAUCAACGAUGGUGAGAGAUACCAAAUUGAGCAAUGGGUGAAACAAUAUCCAAACAUUGAAACUGGUGGAGAUCUUUUUGGAGCUUGGAUUGACGAACGAACAGCUGUCAUUCAGUUUAUCUUAGGCCCUGGUAAGAAAUGCCGACGAACUACUGUAUCGUUUUAUCAAGACAUUGACUAUCUAAAUGAUGCUGGAAGCUACCUUACUCAAGCACAUGGCUUAUGUAACAUUGGUCAAUGGCAUUCUCAUCAUCAACUAGGUCUUACCGUUCCAAGUGGUGGAAAUGAAAAUACAGUUUGGAAGAACAUGCCUCGACUUGGUCUUAAUCGCUACAUUGUCAUAAUUGCUACAAUUUCAGAAAACCCUGAAUUCAGUAGAAACUUCGAUGUUAACAUUAAUCCUUAUCUUUUUGAAAUGACUCAAGGACGAAGAAAUGAGGAUUUUCCAAUUCCAGGUAUGUUUUGUAAUCUCGAAGGAAAUUCUCCAUUUCGAUUGGAUGGCAAAGUUGAAGAAAAGAUGAAAGGGAGAGCUGAGAAAAUAAACACUACAGAAAGUUAUGGCUCGAAUAAACGAUCUAACAAUAGUAUAAAUAUACCUCAGAUUCGAAAAAAGAAAGAGUCUUCGACAGGUCUGGAAAAUAAUGGCAAACAUGAAAAUCCAGCGACAAAUAAAAGUAUAGAUAGCACGUCACCUAAUGUCAAUAACAAUGAAAAUGAAAUAUCCCGUAAAGAAAAUGAAAUUCAGCAAGAAGUUGAAGAUACACAAAGUUUGACAACUAAUCCGAAGAAUGAUGAACGUCAAGAAUUGUCUGACGAAAGUAACAUUCAGCCAGAAGUUGAAGAUACACAAAGUUUGACAACUAAUGCGAAGAAUGAUGAACGUCAAGAAUUGUUUGAUGAAAGUAACAUCCAGCCAAAAGUUGAUUAUACACAAAGUUUGACAACUAAUACGAAGAAUGAUGAACGUCAAGAAUUGUCUGAUCAAAGUAACAUCCAGCCAAAUGUUGAUUAUACACAAAGUUUGACAACUAAUACGAAGAAUGAUGAAAGUCAAGAAUUGUCUGAUCAAAGUAACAUCCAGCCAAAAGUUGAUUAUACACAAAGUUUGACAACUAAUACGAAGAAUGAUGAAAGUCAAGAAUUGUCUGAUGAAAGUAACAUCCAGCCAAAAGUUGAUUAUACACAAAUGUUGACAACUAAUGCAAAGAAUGAUGAACUUCAAGAAUUGUUUGAUGAAAGUAACAUUCAGCCACCAGUUGAAGAUACACAAAGUUUGACAAUUAAUACGAAGAAUGAUGAACGUCAAGAAUUGUCUGACGAAAGUAACAUUCAGCCAGAAGUUGAAGAUACACAAAGUUUGACAACUAAUGCGAAGAAUGAUGAACGUCAAGAAUUGUUUGAUGAAAGUAACAUCCAGCCAAAAGUUGAUUAUACACAAAGUUUGACAACUAAUACGAAGAAUGAUGAACGUCAAGAAUUGUCUGAUCAAAGUAACAUCCAGCCAAAUGUUGAUUAUACACAAAGUUUGACAACUAAUACGAAGAAUGAUGAAAGUCAAGAAUUGUCUGAUCAAAGUAACAUCCAGCCAAAAGUUGAUUAUACACAAAGUUUGACAACUAAUACGAAGAAUGAUGAAAGUCAAGAAUUGUCUGAUGAAAGUAACAUCCAGCCAAAAGUUGAUUAUACACAAAUGUUGACAACUAAUGCAAAGAAUGAUGAACUUCAAGAAUUGUUUGAUGAAAGUAACAUUCAGCCACCAGUUGAAGAUACACAAAGUUUGACAAUUAAUACGAAGAAUGAUGAACGUCAAGAAUUGUCUGAUGAAAGUAACAUCCAGCCAGAAGUUGAAGAUACACAAAGUUUGACAACUAAUGCGAAGAAUGAUGAACGUCAAGAAUCGUCUGAUGAAAGUAACAGUAAGCCAAAAGUUGAAGAUACACAAAGUUUGACAACUGAUGCGAACAAUGAUGAACGUCAAGAAUCGUCUGAUGAAAAUGAAAUUCAGCCAAAAGUUGAAGAUACACAAAGUUUGACAACUAAUGCGAAGACUGAUGAAGGUCAAGAAUCGUCUGAUGAAAGUAACAGUAAGCCAAAAGUUGAAGAUACACAAAGUUUGACAACUGAUGCGAACAAUGAUGAACAUCAAGAAUCAUCUCAUGAAAAUAAAAAUCAGCAAACAGAUGAAGUUACAAAACGGUCGCAAGAUAAAGUUAACAGUGGUGAAGAUCAAAAAUCACCUCAUGAAAAUAAGAAUCAGCAAACAGAUAAAGUUACAGAAUUAACGCAAGAUAAUGGCAACAAAGAUGAAGAUCAAGAAUCAUCUCAUGAAAAUAAGAAUCAGCAAACAGAUAAAGUUACAGAACUAACUCAAGAUAAUGUCAACAAAUGUGAAGAUCAAGAAUCAUCUCAUGAAAAUAAAAAUCAGCAAACAGAUGAAGUUACAAAACGGUCGCAAGAUAAUGUCAACAUUGGUGAAGAUCAAAAAUCACUUCACGAAAAUAAGAAUCAGCAAACAGAUAAAGUUACAGAACUGUCGCAAGAUAAUGGCAACAAAGAUGAAGAUCAAGAAUCACCUCAUGAAAAUAAGAAUCAGCAAACAGAUAAAGUUACUGAACUGUCGCCAGAUAAUGACAACAAAGGCGAAGAUCAAGAAUCACCUCAUGAAAAUAAAAAUCAGCAAACAGAUGAAGUUACAAAACGGUCGCAAGAUAAUGUUAACAGUGGUGAAGAUCAAAAAUCACCUCAUGAAAAUAAGAAUCAGCAAACAGAUAAAGUUACAGAACUUUUGUCAGUUAAUGUCAACAUUGGUGAAGAUCAAAAAUCACUUCACAAAAAUAAGAAUCAUCAAACAGAUGAAGUUACUGAACGGUCUCAAGAUAAUGUCAACAAAGAUGAAGAUCAAAAAUCACCUAAUGAAAAUAGGAAUCAGCAAACAGAUAAAGUUACAGAACUGUUGCAAGAUAAUAGCAACAAAGAUGAAGAUCAAAAAUCACCUCAUGAAAAUAAGAAUCAGCAAACAGAUAAAGUUACUGAACUGUCGCCAGAUAAUGGCAACAAAGGCGAAGAUCAAGAAUCCUCUCAUGAAAAUAAAAAUCAGCAAACAGAUGAAGUUACAAAACGGUCGCAAGAUAAUGUUAACAGUGGUGAAGAUCAAAAAUCACCUCAUGAAAAUAAGAAUCAGCAAACAGAUAAAGUUACAGAAUUAACGCAAGAUAAUGGCAACAAAGAUGAAGAUCAAGAAUCAUCUCAUGAAAAUAAGAAUCAGCAAACUGAUGAAGUUACAGAACAGUCGCAAGAUAAUGUCAACAAAGGUGAAGAUCAAGAAUCACCUCAUGAAAAUAAGAAUCAGCAAACAGAUAAAGUUACAGAACUGUCGCCAGAUAAUGUCAACAAAGGUGAAGAUCAAGAAUCACCUCAUGAAAAUAAGAAUCAGCAAACAGAUAAAGUUACAAAACGGUCGCAAGAUAAUGUCAACAAAUGUGAAGAUCAAGAAUCACCUCAUGAAAAUAAGAAUCAGCAAACAGAAAAAGUUACAAAACGGUCGCCAGAUAAUGUCAACAAAGCAAACAGAUAA